AUGAGGAGGAAAGCCGAGGAGAAACUGAUCCAAUUUGAAUCUGAGGCACAGAGAAGGGUAAAGCUCUCUUGUUUGAUAGUCUCAUCAGUUAGUUUCUUAUCUGAGGCACAGAGAAGGGUACAGCUCUCUUGUUUGAUAGUCUCAUCAGUUAGUUUCUUAUCUGAGGCACAGAGAAGGGUACAGCUCUCUUGUUUGAUAGUAUCAUCAGUUAGAUUCUUAUCUGAGGAACAGAGAAGGGUACAGAUCUCUUGUUUGAUAGUCUCAUCAGUUAGUUUCUUAUCUGAGGCACAGAGAAGGGUACAACUCUCUUGUUUGAUAGUAUCAUCAGUUAGUUUCUUAUCUGAGGCACAGAGAAGGGUACAGCUCUCUUGUUUGAUAGUCUCAUCAGAUAGUUUCUUAUCUGAGGCACAGAGAAGGGUACAGCUCUCUUGUUUGAUAGUAUCAUCAGUUAGUUUCUAAUCUGAGGCACAGAGAAGGGUACAGAUCUCUUGUUUGAUAGUAUCAUCAGUUAGUUUCUUAUCUGAGGCACAGAGAAGGGUACAGCUCUCUUGUUUGAUAGUAUCAUCAGUUAGUUUCUUAUCUGAGGCACAGAGAAGGGUACAGCUCUCUUGUUUGAUAGUAUCAUCAGUUAGUUUCUUAUCUGAGGCACAGAGAAGGGUACAGCUCUCUUGUUUGAUAGUAUCAUCAGUUAGUUUCUUAUCUGAGGCACAGAGAAGGGUACAGCUCUCUUGUUUGAUAGUAUCAUCAGUUAGUUUCUUAUCUGAGGCACAGAGAAGGGUACAGCUCUCUUGUUUGAUAGUCUCAUCAGUUAGUUUCUUAUCUGAGGCACAGAGAAGGGUAAAGCUCUCUUGUUUGAUAGUAUCAUCAGUUAGUUUCUUAUCUGAGGCACAGAGAAGGGUAAAGCUCUCUUGUUUGAUAGUCUCAUCAGUUAGUUUCUUAUCUGAGGCACAGAGAAGGGUACAGCUCUCUUGUUUGAUAGUCUCAUCAGUUAGUUUCUUAUCUGAGGCACAGAGAAGGGUACAGAUCUCUUGUUUGAUAGUCUCAUCAGUUAGUUUCUUAUCUGAGGCACAGAGAAGGGUACAGAUCUCUUGUUUGAUAGUAUCAUCAGUUAGUUUCUUAUCUGAGGCACAGAGAAGGGUACAGCUCUCUUGUUUGAUAGUCUCAUCAGUUAGUUUCUUAUCUGAGGCACAGAGAAGGGUACAGCUCUCUUGUUUGAUAGUCUCAUCAGUUAGUUUCUUAUCUGAGGCACAGAGAAGGGUACAACUCUCUUGUUUGAUAGUCUCAUAAAUUAGUUUCUUACUGGCUUGAUGCGGUUCGCAGAAAUAAAGAGAGGAAAAGGGGGGUGGGGUGGGAAGCCACCAGAAUCGAUGGGGUACGCGGUGACAUCUUCGUCAUUUAAUGAUGUACAGGGGGCGGGCGCCAUUUUCAGUCAUAGUUAGGGGCGAAACUUUUCUUUUGCAUGACCCGGGUUGAUGGAGCCGACUAUGAUUGGAUCUUUUAUGUUCGGCUGAUUUUCAAUGUUAAAAUAGACGUUCUUGUACGUGAGUGUUUAUGUAGACAUACGUUCAGUAAUCAGCUCCAGCUCUCAGUGGUCGGAUGCAUAGGGUUACAAUGUCUCUCAAGGGACGGUCGUAAAGCCCUAAUGUGACUCUCAAAAGUCCUUACCCAAGACCUUGUAUCAGUACCUAAGACCAGUGGUCGGAAAACUCAUUAGUCAAAAUUGCCAAAACUCAGCUGCAGGACGAUAAAAAAAAAUUGAGAGCCAAAUUUCUUUUCAGGAACCAUGUUUUUCAGGGUCAAAACCUGUUUGUGCCCGACUCGCCGGGCCGCACUUUGGGCGCUUAAGAGCGGCUCCCCAGCCGUGAUUUGCCGACCACUGCCCCAGUCCUUGUAUCAAUGCUCCAGACCUUGUAUCCAUGCCUUAGAUCUUGUAUCCAUGCCCCAGACCUUGUAUCAAUGCCGAAGAUCUUGUAACUAUGCCCCAGACCUUGUAUCCAUGCCCCAGACCUUGUAUCAGUACCUCAGUCCUUGUCUCAAUACCCCUGACUAUCUAUCCAGAGUUUCUAUCAGUACCCCAGACUUCCUAUCGGUACCCCAGACUUCCUAUCAGUACCCCAGACUUCCUAUCGGUACCCCAGACUUCCUAUCUUGUAAGUCAGAGCCCAAUCUCAUUUUAUUUACUCCUCUUAACUGUAAGUCAGGGCACUAUAUCAUUUUAUUUACUUCUGAUAACUGUAAGUCAGUGCACAAUCUCAUUUUACUUACUUCUAAUAACUGUCAGUCAGAGCACAAUCUCAUUUUAUUUACUUCUGAUAACUGUAAGUCAGUGCACAACCUCAUUUUAUUUACUUCUCAUAACUGUAAGUCAGGGCACAAUCUCAUUUUGUNCCCAGACUUCCUAUCGGUACCCCAGACUUCCUAUCAGUACCCCAGACUUCCUAUCGGUACCCCAGACUUUCUAUCAGUACCCCAGACUUCCCAGACUUCCUAUCAGUACCCCAGACUUCCAAUCGGUACCCCAGACUUUCUAUCGGUACCCCAGACUUCUUAUCAGUACCCCAGACUUCCUAUCAGUACCCCAGACCUUGUUAACCACCACUGUGUACCCGCCAUUGUGUACGCGCCAUUGUGUACCCGCCAUUGUGUACGCGCCAUUGUGUGCCUGCCAUUGUGUACCCGCCAUUCUGUACCCGCCAUUGUGUCCCUGCCAUUCUGUACCCGCCAUUGUGUCCCCGCCAUUCUGUGCCCCUCCAGUUGAACAUCAUCGACUACAUCAGAGAGCAGAAGUUCUAUGAACAGGACCAGAAACGGAAAGCGGCGUGGAGGAAGAAACGCGAGCACCAGAUGAAGGUCAUGGUCAACACGGAGAGGCUGAAGAGGAAGGUCGAGACGGAGAUGAGGCUCGAGAAGAGGCGUUACGAAGAGGACAUGGUCAAGCGGCUGGUCAAGGAUAAAGGUGGGUGCGAUGCUCUGGUGUUGGACAGACAGCAAAUGUAGAGCAACGUUUUUUUUAAAUAUAAAUAAAUAUUGUCGUCCUGGCCCUUAACCUUGCCCUGACCUUGACCCCGACCCCUGACCUUGCACUUAAAACGGCUCGCGGAGACCUGAUUAUUCACAAAUAAACAUCUUAACUGGUCGUCCUAUUGGUUUAGAUUUUAGUGUCUAUCAUCUCGUCAUGUACGUUAAAAAUACAUAGACAAUUCUAUACAGAAUUUUCAGGAACAAAAAAACAAGUGUGUGUGUGUGUGUGGGUGUGGGGGGGGGAUUUUCAUAUCUGUUUCCUCACUAUCGAAGUAGCAGAUGUAGAGUUUUGGGUUAAACCCCCCCCCCCCUGGAUUGAAACGUUGAGUCCUCUGUGAGUUCCCCUCAAAGGACGAUCCACGGAUGGACACAUACUCUCAAACACCGGUCGUCCCGGAUGGCAAAAAAUAAACGAUUCGUAAACGGUGAAAUAUUAUAGUGUCCAACCUUUUGGAGAAGCUGACGACUGCUCACCAAGAGGACAUCCAGUUCUAGUUGCAUCUCUUCCGUUACGAAACAACAUUCGUGUUUGCACUCAACAGAUCGCAUUCUGCGUCUUGAAGUCAAAAAUAAAUAUUUCUAGUUUGUUUGUUGGGUGUUUUUUUGUUUGUUUGUUUUUUUUUGGGGGGGGGGAGGGGGGAGGGGGGUUUGCGUGGGGAGGGGAGGCCUCAAUUUCCAUCCUUCCACCUUCACUCACCCUCAUUUUUGUGUGUUUUCCUCCCCUCUCUUAGUUUUUGACCCCGGCCCCACGGCCCAAAAAUAAAACCCCCCAAAAAAAUGGAUCCCUUUCUGUACAUCAGGCCUGCACAACAUGUGGCCCGCCAGCACCCACUUAGAGCCCCGCCAGCACCCACUUAGAGGCCCGCCAGCAACCACUUAGAGGCCCGCCAGCAACCACUUAGAGCCCCGCCAGCACCCACUUAGAGGCCCGCCAGCACCCACUUAGAGGCCCGCCAGCACCCACUUAGAGCCCCGAACGCACCCACGUAGAGGCCCGCCAGAACCCACGUAGAGGCCCGCCAGCUCCCACUUAGAGCCCCGCGAAGUAUUCUUAUUACCAUUAUUUUCUGAAUAGCUUUGGCACAUGUCCCAUUUUCUUUUGACCCGCACAAGUUUUUCAUACUGUAUUACGGCCCGCCUUACAUUUUGAGUUGUGCAGGCCAGCUUUACAUUGUUUAGCAUUGGCUCCCUAUGGAUGAAACUUUGGCUCCCUUUGGGUAGAACGCUGGCUCCCUAAGGGUAGAGCAUUGGCUCCCUAUAUGUAGAACAUUGAAUCUUGUGUUUCUAUUUGGCUAUGCGUAUCUUGUGUUAAAAUAGGGCCACAUGUACCUUGUGUUCCCCAGUUGGGCUCAUCAACAGAAGGGAGGACAGAGAACGAGCCAAGAGUGACAGGAACGAAGCCUUCGCCAAGAGAAUGACGUACGCACUGGAGGUCAGUAAGAAACGUCCCACUGGUGUUCUGGUUGUUUGAGUUUAAUGACAAGUGUUCGGUUUCUGCGUGGUCCAAAUUCAAUGUUGACUGAGGUCAACUUGGUCACUAGCAAACAAGCUCUAGAGUCUUCAUGCCCUGGAUGGAUUAUGUGGUAAAAUCCAAAAUAGUUGAGGGUUCAUCAAUUUAGGAAAUCUAAAUACUGUUCGUUUAUUAUAUGGCACGAGAUGUUAGGAUGACCUGGCACGGGGGUGAUGGGUGGCCAAGUGGUUAGAGCUGUGCCGAUCCCACGCUUGUGGACUAGAGGUCAAAACCCAGAAAAAUUCUAGACAGGUAAGAAACAUCCCCAGCACUUCGGUCGGAAAGGACUCAUUGACCUUGGUUGGAUGGACGCAUUGACCUUGGUUGGAUGGACGCAUUGACCUUGGUUGGAUGGACGCAUUGACCUUGGUUGGAUGGACCCAUUGACCUUGGUUGGAUGGACGCAUUGACCUUGGUUGGAUGGACGCAUUGACCUUGGUUGGAUGGACGCAUUGACCUUGGUUGGAUAACCCAUUGACCUUGGUUGGAUGGACCCAUUGACCUUGGUUAGAUGGACCCAUUGACCUUAGUUGGAUGGACCCAUUGACCUUGGUUGGAUGGACCCAUUGACAUUGGUUGGAUGGACCCAUUGACCUUAGUUGGAUGGACCCAUUGACCUUGGUUGGAUGGACCCAUUGACCUUGGUUGGAUGGACCCAUUGACCUUGGUUGGAUGGAUCCAUUGACCUUGGUUGGAUAUGGACCCAUUGACCUUGCUUGGAUGGACCCAUUGACCUUGGUUGGAUGGACCCAUUGACCUUGGUUGGAUGGAUCCAUUGACCUUGGUCGGAAAGGACCCAUUGACCUUGGUUGGAUGGACCCAUUGACCUUGGUUGGAUGGACCCAUUGACCUUGGUUGGAUGGACCCAUUGACCUUGGUUGGAUGGACCCAUUGACCUUGGUUGGAUGGACCCAUUGACUUUGGUUGGGUGGCCCCAUUGACCUUGUUUGGAUGAACCCAUUGACCUUGGUUGGAUGGACCCAUUGACCUUGGUUGGAUGACCCAUUGACCUUCGUUGGAUGGACCCUUUGACCUUGGUUGGAUGGACCCAUUGACCUUGGUUGGAUGGACCCAUUGACCUUGGUUGGAUGGACGCAUUGACCUUGGUUGGAUGGACCCAUUGACCUUGGUUGGAUGGACUCAUUGACCUUGGUUGGAUGGACUCAUUGACCUUUGUUGGAUGGACUCAUUGACCUUGGUUGGAUGGACACUCGUCUAAAAGACGGCGAACUCUGAAAUUAAGUCCGGAGAUGGAGUCCCGUAGGUGGUAUGCUAUGGACGAGAUGAACAUUCCGACAACUCCUGCGAUAUGGAGGCUUAAAGAUCACGACGACACAAUAAACACGCUGGUCAUCCACUGCAUCCUGGUCUAUUUCCAGUCGUCUUGACUAAGUCUUGCCAUUGGAUCAAACAGGCAAGGACGAGAGAGUGAGGAUGUCGAAUUGAGCAACUCUCCCUCACUUUAAACGAAAUACAUGUCAAGUCAAUGCUGCUACUCAAGUGGAGGCCUUGGUCAUCUUAUCACGUGAUGGACGACCAACAUAUGACACGUAUUAAAUGAACUUGUCAUCAAGCACGCGCUGCAUACUUAUUGUAUGACAAUUGCGCUCGCUAUUGACAUUUAGGAUUAAAAAAGAAAUAAGUCUGCACUGUAGGUGACCGAAUUUUAUAUCUUGUAUUUAACUGACGUGAUUCAUGGUUUACCAAUUUCGAAACAAUUUUAAUUAAACGUCCCAACGCCAUAAAAGAUGGAAACUUGGUUUUAAUAGAAACAACCACAAACAAAAGUUUUCUUAUAAAGCCUUUGUAUGCAUUUUUGUGUGACUUAGCGAUGGCCACCGUUGUUAAGAAAUUGUUGCAUCGUCUUUUCUUCAUCCCCCCCCCCCCCUAAACGAAGCUCGCAACCGCACAUAUUUUUUUCACGCCCCUGAGCUAUCUUAAUAUUCCAAUGACCCAUCCGAUUUUACACCACAGAUUUAUUACGCAACUAUUUUAGAAAAAAACAACAACAAAACAUUACCUACCAGACACGCAGUUGUCGGGAAUUUCAUUUCGUGAAAUCAGUGUCAUCAUAUUUCCUUCAUCGUCUCCUUGAAGAAACAGGACAAAUUGAUUUUUGGGGUGUGGGGGGUUGGGGCUGAAAAUUUGAUAGAAUUUGUUGACAUGGCAACGAGUCUAUGUGCUAAGUUUCAGCACAUAAUAUUAAUAUACAAUAAAAACAAUACAUAUUAAUGAAUAAUACGAAAAACUUUAUUUUUAGGGAUUGUUUAAUUGACUAAAAUAACUAAUUUCCUUGUGAAUCUCCAUAUAAAGACUUUCAAGGUUUACUUCCGUCUGUUCUUCGAUUCUUAUACUAAGUGUGUGUUUUCUUGAAGAGAGUCUUAUUCUAUAGAACACUUCAAAUGUCUUAGGGCACUAAGCAGAAGACAAUUUGGGACACGAAGGCACGACCACCGCCUACACGACGUGCCAGUAUGUGGAUGUUGGAGGUAUGUUGGGUAACUUAGAUCACGGCCAUAGUCUUGUAUGUGGAUGGUGGAGGUAUUUUGGGUAACUUAGAUCACGGCCAUAGUCUUGUAUGUGGAUGGUGGAGGUAUGUUGGGUAACUUAGAUCACGGCCAUAGUCUUGUAUGUGGAUGGUGGAGGUAUGUUGGGUAACUUAGAUCACGGCCAUAGUCUUGUAUGUGGAUGGUGGAGGUAUGUUGGGUAACUUAUAUUACGGCCAUAGUCUUGUAUGUGUAAGAAAUAAGAAGAACUUUUUAACAGUUUAACGAUUUUAACAGUAUCUUUUAACUAUGGGAAUCAUAAACUACAUUCCUGUCAUCACUUGAUGUGUAUGUCAUUAUAGGACUAAUUCGAAACUCUUCCAUGUCACUAGACAACAAAAUGACAACAGCGUCAUGGAACCACACACGCUAUGCCAACAAUAGUUUGGCUGGUUUUUAAAGUUAACACCCAAAGUGUGGCUCAAUGUUUUUUUUACUCAAAGACACGUUGUCGAUACAAAAGUGUUAAGUGUUCUUCUAGAUUCGGUGUUUUUUAUCCAAGGAAUUUCUCAGUUCCUCAUUAAUCUGGUCUGUUAUGACGUUAUCAAUAAAAAUAGAGGAGAAAUUGAAUUUGAUACUCCAGCUAUCAGAUUCUGUACAAUUUCGAAACUAGUCCAUUUUUUAUAAUUUCAACUAAUAUAUUUUUUAUCAUUUAAGUAGCCGAUUUUCUUAUCAUUUCAACUUGCCUAUUUCUUAUUAUUUCAAUAGUCCAUUUCUUAUCAUUUCAAUAGUCCAUUUAAAAAUCGUAUAUAUAUUACGUCUUUAUAUGUAUGUAUUACGUCAAUGACCACAAGAAAUGUAUCGUUCUUUCUGCGUCAUUUCUCAGGAAGUUCUUCAUCGUCUUGGUCUGUACAAUAAAUAUAAGGAGUUCAAAUCUGAGGAGUGGAACCAUAUGCUGGAAGGUCUGAUAUCAUCGACUGUACGCAAGAUGGAGACGGCCUCAAUCAUAGGCGAGGAGCAAGAAUUACUGAG